AGCAACGGUGAGCAGCGUGAGCAGGCAGCAUUUGCAGCUGAAAGCCAGCUGUGUUGUGUUUCGCGAGAACGCUAUGUAGCCGCUUGGCUCUCGAGGGCCGUAUGGUUUUGAUUCUAAAGCUUCGAUCUGUGCCCAAGCUGCCGCCAAAGCGUUCAACCCGAAGCCAUGGCGUCGGUGAAGGUUGCCGUUCGCGCCAGACCCUUCAACCAAAGGGAGAUCAACAUGGAAAGCGGCGAAAUCAUUCAGAUGGAUGGGAACAAGACAACCAUCUUAAACUUGAAGGUGACUGCACAACAGGCCGGUAGCGAAGAACUGGGGAGAGAAAGGGUGAAGGAGUUCACCUUUGAUUACUCAUACUGGUCAGUGAACCAGAAGGAUCCUCACUUCGUGACUCAAGAACAGGUUUUUCAAGACUUGGGUCAAGAAGUGGUGGAUAAUGCAUUUGAAGGCUACAACGCUUGCAUUUUUGCCUAUGGCCAGACCGGCUCCGGCAAGACGUUCACAAUGAUGGGAUCCCCGGACAGCGAGGGACUUAUACCACGUAUAUGUCAGGCGAUGUACACAAGAAUGAAGUUGAGUCAGAAUUCUGGAACCACAUUCCGCACUGAAGUCAGUUACCUUGAGAUCUACAAUGAAAAGGUAAAGGACCUGCUCAAACGGGAAAGCACCCAACACAACCUCAGGGUGAGGGAACACCCGAAACUCGGACCCUACGUGCAGGACUUGUCCCGCCAUCUCGUCAUGGACUACUCUGACGUGCAGGAAUUGAUGGCACGGGGAAACGCUCACAGAACGACUGCGUCAACGGCCAUGAACGAUACCAGCAGUAGGUCGCACGCCAUCUUCACUCUCAACUUCACCCAGGCCAAGUUUGUCCGGGAUCUGCCCAGCGAGACCGUCAGUAAAGUCAACCUGGUUGAUCUUGCUGGCAGCGAGCGUGCAGAUUCCACCAAGGCAACUGGCCAGCGGUUAAAAGAAGGUGGUCACAUCAACAAGUCCCUGGUCACACUGGGCACGGUCAUCUCUGCUCUGGCUGAGCUGUCCACCAGUCACUCCAAGAAGCGUGUGUUCAUCCCUUACCGAGACUCGGUGCUCACUUGGCUGCUUAGAGACAGUCUCGGUGGAAAUUCAAAAACCAUCAUGAUUGCCACAAUUUCACCGGCGGAGUGCAACUAUGGCGAAACGCUGAGCACGUUGCGCUAUGCAAAUCGAGCCAAGAACAUCAUCAACAAGCCUACCAUUAACGAGGAUGCUAAUGUCAAGCUCAUCAAAGAGCUACGGGAAGAAAUAGCCCGUUUGAAAUCCAAGGUUGGAAUCGAUGAUGGUAGCACCUUGGUUAUGGAGAAACUUCAGGAGAAUGAAGCCAGGGUGAAAUUCCUGACUGAGGAGUGGACGGAAAAGUGGAAGGAAACCCACAAGAUUUUAAAGGAGCAAAAGACCCUCGGGCUGCGGAUGUCCGGUCAAGGCGUGGUUCUGGAUUCCGAGCGGCCACACCUGAUUGGCCUCGGUGACGAUCUGCUCAGUACCGGAGUGGUCCUCUAUCACCUAAAGGAUGGCAUAACGAACAUUGGGACCGAGAAAGCAGCCAUCAAGCAAGACAUUGUGUUGUCUGGCAGCGGUAUCCAGGACGAACAUUGUGCCAUUGAGUUGGUGGAUGGUGGCGCCACCCUGUCGCCGAAUCCCGGCUCCGAGUGUUACAUCAACACCCUUCCCAUCGAUAAGCCCACCAGACUCACCCAGGGUUGCGUAGUUCUACUGGGGUCGACCAACGUGUUCCGCUACAACGAUCCCGCCGAAGUGCAUAAACUGAGGAAGGAAAAGGAGCGCCGAUCAACGGUGAAUCUGUCCCACCUCUCAUUCCUGAGCCGUUCGGCCUGUGACAUGACGAAGAGCACCGAGAGCAUCUGGGGAAGCGGGUUUGAGCCACAGGAUGAUGCUGGUGACAACAAGGCGGAGGAUGCAAGAAACCAUUCCGAGCACGUUGCAAACCACGUGGGGGAGGAGACGAGCGCCCACUGGAGGAAGGAGCAGGAGAAUGUGGAGAAGCAGCUGUGCAUCAAGAGGGAGGAGCUAAGGCAGCUCAAGCAGGAGACCGAGACCCUCAAGAAGAUGGCCGACGAGGCUCACAAACGUGCAGAGGAGGAGCAAGCCAAAUUGGAAACGGUCACGGAAGAACUACGCAGACAUCUGGAGCAACAAGUCAGUCAGGAAAAGGGUUCUACAUCAAGGAUUAUUCAGCUUCAGCAAGAACUACGCUACCUGACGGCAAAGGAACAGGAAGUUCGCGAGAAUUUUGAACAACUCAAGAACAGACUUCAGCAGGAACGUGUAUUUGUGCUGAGCAAGAUGGAAACGGAGCAGUCUCGGCUCUACGACGAGAUCAAGAGUCUCGAAAUGAAGGAACUGGACCUGAAAGAGGCCAUUGCUCUGCACCGCAAUGAGCUGCUCAGGGUUGAGGAGGAAGUGAGCGCAAAAAAGGAAGAACUCUCCACUCAGACGAGUCUCCUCCAAGGGGAGAUCGACCUGCUGAGGGGGGAGCUGGACAUCUCGGCCACGCAGGCGUCGGAAAACUGGCGCUCCCUGCUGUCGCUCAUCUCGGGAGCACAGGCAGACCUCCCGUUGCCUCGGUGCACGGCACAGCUGGAGCGGAUCGUGGAGAGCAUCCGCCAGCAGCUGGCAGACAAGAAGCACGCCCAGCUGGCAGAAAUCCACGACGAGCGGCAGAGCAUCGCCGGCCAGAUCGAGGCGCUCGGGGAGAAGCAGAAGCUGCUCAGGAGCUUCGCAGAGGAGUCGGAGGAGGCGCCCGCCGACAAGGCGUCGGACAAGGAGUCUUGGGACAAGGACUCCUCGGACAAGGACUCUGAGGGGGAGGAGGUGAGCACUGUGGUGAAGGGGCGCCUGGCCUUUGUGGACGAGGAAGUGCGCAAGCUGCGGGAGGAGGAGAGCUCGCUUGGCCGCAAGGAGGAAGAUGUGGAGGUGGGCUGGAGGCACAACCUGGACACACUGGACUCUCUGCUGCCCCUGCUCGAGUCCAUGGUCGAGGACCUGGACAAGCUGGAAGGCUGCAUCUUGGAAAAGGAGCAGGAGGUGGCGGAAGUGGAGUCCUCCAUCCACCAGAGGGACUGCACGCUGAGGGAUAUGGCAAGUGAGGAGAAGGCGCUGGAGGAACAGCUGCGGAAGGUCGAGGAGCGCAAGGCGGACGCCGACGGGGAGCGCCAGGGGCUGCGGACGUCCCUCAACAGCCUCGACGACAAGGUGCUGCUCCUCAGCCAGCAGGAGAAAGACAUCCUGGCCACCCUGGGCGAGCAGAGGCACAGGCUGCAGGAAGAACUUUCAACGCUUAGCAAUGGCAACGACUUCCCCGACGUUCUGGAGGCGAACUGCAGCGGAGCCACGUCACCUUCCAUACAGAACGACUCUUAUGCGCUCUUCCGGCCCGACGACCUUGGGCCCCUAACCUCCUCUCCCAUUGGGUCCAGCAAGUCUGAAAGACUCCACCAUAGCAACUGGGAUCUUCGAGGGCUUGAGGAGAAGUUCCUCGUGGUUGAAAAGGAGCUCGAAACGCGGCGAAAAGCGUUUGAGGCCGAGAUGGACGAGGAAGGCAACGAUGCCUACCUGGGACAACUCAAGGAGAUGGAGAUCAGACACCAGGAACAGUUGCUGGACCUGAUAAAGAGAAAGGCCGACAAGCUGAAGAGGCAAAAUGUGGGACUCCUUCAUUCGUCGUACUUAAACAACUCGGUCAGUUCUGGCAGACAUCAGCACAUGACUUCCCGAUCGCUGCCAAUCCUCCCAACACAUCCACACUUCGGCGUGGAACUUGGCACCGAGGAGUGCCCGAUCCGCAUCUCCAUACCCUCGUACACGUUGAGGGGUAGUGGAUCUAACGCACACAUAGAGUAUGAGGUGAAGGUUGUUGUCAUGGACGACAGCUGGACGUUAUACCGGAGGUACAAACGCUUCAGGGAACUGCAUGACUACAUGAAGCUCAAGUACAGAAACAAGGUUUCCUUGCCCUAUUUUCCGCCGAAAAUACUCUUUGGAAAUAAAUCGCAAAGACUAGUGGAAGAGCGGCGAAGAAUGCUGGAGGUGUACCUGAUUGAACUGGUGAACGUCUGUCGACGGGACCUUACCUGCCCGUUGCACCGGUCGGUGCAAGGGCUGUGCAAGCAGCACAUGUGGGAGUUUGCACCAUUCUUCCGAAAGGGCUGCUUCGAGACCAGCAAGCACAGCACGGGAUGAUGCUGUCCGUUUUUACACACCUGCUUCCCAUUGUUUGCGGUUGUUUUUUUAUGCUGCUGCAGACAGCACAACUGUUUGUUGUCCCAUCCCUCCCAUGUUAUUUUAUGAGAGGGACCCGAUGUAUCAUAAUUCUAUGCAUGCAUGCCUGAAUGGAGACUGCAUGUGGCUGAGGUGCAAAGGGAACGGGCUUAAAGGCCAACAUACACCUCAUGCUUUACACUUUUGCUUGCUUCCUUUUUCCUCUCACACCCUCUUCCUCCUUUGUCACUCGUCUUUCUAAUAUUUCUUUGGUCGGAUGUAACUGGCAAUCCUGAUUCAUUGUUUAUAAGAACCUGAAUUCAGGUUCACCCUUGGUCCAGCGUACGUUGAGAGUUGAUCUGGAUCCAGAUUCAUCUUUGAUCCAGUUGAGAUUCAUGGUUGAUAUCAAUCCUGAUAGUACAGAUCAACUUAUGAUGUGGAGUUUGUCUGGUCUAAGUUUAUUUUUGACACAGGCUGAAUUGAGAGUUGAUUUGAAUUCAGAUUCAUCUUUGAUCCAGGCAAGAUCCAGAGUUGAUCUGGGUCUCAAUACAGACCAACUUUUGACCUGGAUCCACAUGCACCUUUGGUGCAGGCUGGAUCCAGAUUUGAUCUGAAUCUAGAUUUACUUUUGAUCCAGACCAGAUCCAGAUUUGAUCUGAAUCCAGAUUUACUUUUGAUCCAGGCUAAGUCCUGAGCAGAUCUAGAUCUCAUUGCAAAUCAAAUUUUGAUUCAGAAUCGGUGUAGACCCAAUCCUCCUCUGAUCCAGGCUAGACCCAGAAUUUUCUUGGUCCCAAUAGAGAUCAACUUUGGAUCCAGACUCUAUUUGGUUUAGGGCUAUCCUGAUCAACUCUAGGUUCCCUCAAAGUUUAAUUUAUGUGUUCCUUUAUUCUUUCUUUUGCCACCACCUUCACAGUUUUGGGAGAGGAGGCGGCCGGAAUGGUCUUGCUUGCAAAAAAAUUUAAGGUGUACAUUGGCCUUUAAGUGCGGUGCUUUUUUUUUUAUUCGUAGGCAGGGGUUGUAUUUAUGAAAGUUGUGCCUGAGAGAGUAUCCCUCUGCAAUGCAUGAGGGUUGAAUUUGCACACAGGGUUGAUUACUGUUUUUUCAAGAUCCAGUUUGCACUGGGAUUGACGAGAACGCUGUUCAAGGGUUUUGUUCAAGACAUCUAGUUAUUCAAAUGCUUGGCUUCCCAUCAGAUGGUGCCGGGCUUGUUACAGUUGACUGUUUUUCUCUGCCCGAGCUCGGUGUAUUUUUGUUCUCAACAUCUUCAACCCUUCCUUUUACCAUGACAGUGUAUUCUUGCUGGUCUGUUCGUUGAAAAAUUGGGCAGAAUCAGUCUAAACAUCAGUACCAAAUUUUGCACUCCAUAAACAUGUAUGCAAAAGUGCUAUUGUGAUAAAUAAGGCAUCACUUGGGGAUGUGUUCGUUAUCCCUGUGGAGCACGCUUGCCGGUUAUUGUGCUCAAAUAUUUGCAACAAAAACAAGUCGCUGUACAUUUUCUGCAGAACGAUCGCCUCAAAGCCCACCAGAAAAAGAAAAGGAAGCGCAGUUUUUAAGGUAGUUCUUAAUAUGACAAAAAAUUUAUUGAGCUCUGGGAAAACUUGUGCAAGACCUUGACAACGAAAAUUUAUUAUUCAUUUUUUGCUGUGCAACUUUUUUUUUAUGGACUGUUCUUGAAGCUGAGCUGGCAGCAAAAGCAAUGCAAUGGACUUCAUCACUGUGCGUAGCAAUACUGGGUGUGCCUCUAGAAAUGAUGCAUAGAACUUGAUCAUAUCGGAACAUGCGUGCCUUACGUCGGAAGGGUGCCCAGUAAUGAAAUAAUUAAUUUGAGCCUUAGGUAAGAGUGGGACGCUUCCUAUGGAAUUGUCUUGUUUUAUUGCUUUGCUGGUAUUUUAGUUGGCAGUUGUCACUGCGCACAUGAUGUGAUCCUCAUACUUCGCACAAUCUUCGAGAUUAUAUGUGUAAAUGACAGCGCUCGAAGAGUGUGAUAAUUUAAUAAGGCUUGGCCGCAUCACGUACUCAAUAGAUCCCUUUCGAAAGAGUGCGCCAUCUAACAGCUGCUGCGCUGUUUAUCCGUAUCUUCCAUUGUUUGGGCUGACACAACUCUGAACGUAUAUUGGACACGAGGGUUUCAUCAGCGUUCGGCGUGAACUCUCGUCCAGUCAAACGCUUCGUACCCAAAAUAUGGCAACUAAAAUGUUGCUUGAUGAAAUUUUGAAAAGGGUCUGUUACAGUACCGAAAACCGCUCAUUGUUUGGUGUUCUGCUUCGACACAAUUGGUCAAGUUGAAGCGCCGAUGGUUUUAGUAUUUUUGUUCUUUGUUUCUUCAAGCGUGUACAUAUGGAUGAUAGAGAUUAGACUUGCUCAAGUGUACUAUAGAAUUGCUCGUGGUUAGGUAACUUUUUUUUUUUUUACACGCACAGAGAUUUGAGUUGGGGAGUGUUUAGCCAACCUCACAUGAUCUGAGUUAUUUAUCUUGACUGCAUUUCACUCGACCGUUUCUUACUGAAUGGUCAAUAAAUGUUUAUUGUUUGCACAUA